UAACGCAGGCACUGACACUGGCCAAAUACGUCUCCUCCGGGUCAACUUGGUGGAGUUAAGCUUGAAGUUUGCUAGGCCUCAUUUUCAUGGUUCUAUACCUACGGGCGAUCCUGACCUGGCUAGGCUUCCUAUUCAACACAACUGCACCACAUAUUAUCCGGUCCAUCGCACGCCAAUGCAUCCUCCGCAUCCGCAAGUUAGGUAUCCGUCCUGCACAGUCUGGCUUGCAAACGCUUUUGAGCCGUCUCCUUGCAUACUAUCAGAGGAUUUCACCAAAGAACAGUCAUGCAGAACAAGAGACAACAUAUUUUACAGCUGCAAGCACCAUCCAUCCAGGAGUCCUUGCGCCAGUAAACGAUCUGAGUCAGAGCUCACCUAUCCAGGCAAAUCAGCUUCAAGUUCAGCCUAUCCCAGCCAAAAAGAAGGAUUUUUCAGAAACGCCUGUCGACGGUUGGGAGGGUGUCGUACAUCCGGAGGGAGCGUUGUACUUCUAUGAUGCUACUCGGCACGUUUUCACGGACGCAAAUUUGAGAAGCAGAAGGCUUCUCAAGGCCAUCAAUCAUCUGGCUUACCAGCUACUCUUGAAAGCCAGUGAUAUAAUCGAUGACUCAACACAUCUAGUUUUAGAGUUGCAAGCGAAAGAAGACGCAUGUAAUUAUUACUUCGUGCAGCACGAUAAACGACUCUUGUUCUGGCUGCAGGAUUUCGAUGAGCCCAUAUGUAUCUACGAACAUGUCAAGGGUGUUAAAUCGGAUACUCACAUCAAAAUCGCCCUCGAGGCACAGUAUUGGAUGCACUGUGAACUAUACCCGAGCAAUGCUCCCAUCCAGCCUCAGAUUGCCACAGAACUCAAGCAUGUUCUUCUUCAUGCACACUCAGACUUUUUAACAUCCGAUACCUCUGUUGUUCCCUAUGACCUCUCUACGCUACACAGCAUGCUGGACCUUUCGAACAAUCUCGUGGAAUACGUAGGGCUUCUAACACCAUCUAGUGAUGAGUGUGUGGAAUUGCCUGCUCAUCUCAUGUGUGUACUAGCUCGCCUCAUGCGGUUGUUCGCUCGUUCAAAACUCUUGAACUUCUAUGGACAAGCUGGCGCGCGUCUCAAUGCUAACCAGUCGGUCUAUGAAGUUGAAGAAAGUAGACAAAAAGGCACAUUCCGGCUUAGGCUUGCGAACGUGUUCCUCUGGGGCGCACCAGCUGCACAGUACAAAUUCCUGAGAAACACAUGGGUAGACAAUAUUUUGAACUAUCCUAAGUGGUACAGGCACAUUAACAGACUCAAUGGCGACUGGAGCAACGUUGCGAUCUUUUCCACCGUGAUGUUAGCAGUUGAUGUUAGUUUUCUGUGUGCUCCUGGGGUCAUCAGCGCAGCAGCCGUGGUCAUUUAUCUGUCCACGAUGUGCUCUGUCAGUUCCUUGGUGGUAUCCAUACUUCUCGCUGUCGAGAGCCGCGGAUGGGGCACAGACUCCGCUGAAGGCGCCGCAUCGUUCAUGGCCCGAAUGAUCCACACACAAUCAGAUGUCGAAGCGCUAGCGAUCAUGUACAGCCUUCCAUAUGCAUACUUAAUCUGGGGAAUGUUUUGCUUCGUUACCGCUCUGGGUAUUUAUGUUUUCCACUCGACAAAUACAGCAACACUGGUUGUUGUAGGUCUUUUCUGGGUUGCUGCUACUGCCUUGACACUAUGGCCCGCGUGGUGGGGUAAAUUCGUUAUGACACCUUGGUCCGUUCCAUCCAGGAAGGGAGGACAUGUGAAGGAGACUGUUUGAGCUUGGUCGUCGUGGGGCACGGGGUAUGGAGGAUAGCGCGCGCUCGUCGUAGUCGGCGAUGUGCGGAGGCCUGAAACUCGAUGCGUAGUUGGCAACUAUGCGCGUUUCAAGAGGACGUCCCUUUACACAAGCUCGGUGAUACGAUCGUCAUGGCUGACCGAGCUACAUGAUGCUUUGGAAGAAGCCGUCAGGCUU